AACCUCCUCCUCACAGUGAUGGCCGCAUCGGGAAUGUAUUGUAAGUAAUCAUAUGGGAUCACAAAAGAUGCAUUUGAUUGUUGUGUUCUCCUCCUUUAGGGAUAAACAGCAAGAUAUUUUUAGUGAGAUCACCCCCACCUCCUCCCGUUCAGACUUUCUCCUCGGGGAUGGAACUCUAUCUAACCAAAGGUACACGAUGGACUGACGUCAGAGCACCACUAGUCUGACGUGUGAACACCCCCCGCGACCACAAACAACACACCAGCCCUACCUAUCAACAGUAUUUCCUCUCGUAGACGAACCGAUAAGGCGCACUCUCCCUCCAUCGCAGCCAGAGGAGUCUUUGGAAUAAUCUUAACAUAACGGAGACUUCUUUAUCAUCGCCACACGGCAGCUGUAUCUCGGGGGGUUUGGGCUGCUUUUAGCGAGACUAUCUGUAAAUAUCUAUUUUUUUCUCAUCUGGCUGAAUUACCUCUGACAUGGAAGUGGCAUGUCGUCCAGCGGUGAUGUGCUGUGCGUUCGCCGUCCUCUUCUCCGUGCUUCCCCGUACGCUGGGCUCUCCCUACGGGGACAGGCAGUACCUGAACGAGUGGGCAGUGGAGAUCCCUGCUGGGCUGCUGGCGGCGAAGGCGAUCGCCCUGGAGCUGGACUACGAGCUGGUCAGACAGAUUGGGGCCCUGGAAGACCACUUCUUGUUCCGACACCGCAAUCAUCCUCGCAGAAUGAAGCGCAGUGCCCAUCACAUCACCAGGCAGCUGUCGGAGGAUGAUCGGGUGCUGUGGGCAGAGCAGCAAUAUGAAAAGCGACGCAGCAAGCGAGCAGCCCUCAGAGAGUGUGGAGAUUGCACUGUGGACAAGCUGUUUGAUGAUCCUAUGUGGAACCAGCAGUGGUAUCUGCAAGACACGCGGACUUCUUCCUCGUUGCCCAAGCUGGACCUGCAUGUGAUCCCUGUGUGGCAGAAAGGCAUCACAGGAAAAGGAGUGGUCAUCACCGUCCUCGAUGACGGGCUGGAGUGGAACCACACAGACAUCUACUCCAACUACGAUGCAGCAGCCAGCUAUGAUUUCAACGACAACGACCCAGACCCUUUUCCCAGAUAUGACUCCACCAAUGAAAACAAGCACGGGACGAGGUGUGCAGGGGAGAUUGCUAUGCUGGCAGACAACAAUAAAUGUGGAGUUGGGGUGGCAUACAAAUCAAAGGUUGGAGGGAUUCGUAUGCUGGAUGGGGUUGUGACUGAUGCCAUUGAGGCGAGCUCCAUUGGAUUCAAUCCAAACCAUGUGGAUAUCUACAGUGCCAGUUGGGGACCAAAUGAUGAUGGCAAGACAGUGGAGGGUCCUGGCCGUCUCGCCCAGAAAGCUUUUGAAUACGGUAUUCAGAAGGGCCGGGGUGGGAAAGGUUCUAUCUUUGUUUGGGCAUCAGGAAAUGGAGGCCGACAGGGUGAUAACUGUGACUGCGAUGGCUACACAGACAGCAUCUACACAAUCUCAAUCAGCAGUGCUUCCCAGCAGGGCCUCUCCCCUUGGUAUGCUGAGAAGUGCUCCUCCACUUUGGCUACUGCGUACAGCAGUGGAGACUACACUGAUCAGAGGAUUACAAGUGCUGAUCUGCACAACCAGUGCACUCAGACCCACACUGGAACCUCAGCUUCUGCCCCUCUGGCUGCUGGAAUAUUUGCCCUUGCACUGGAGCAAAAUCCUAACCUUACUUGGAGAGAUCUGCAGCACAUUGUGGUCUGGACCUCAGAGUAUGACCCAUUGGCCAAUAACCCAGGAUGGAAGAGAAACGGAGCAGGGCUGAUGGUCAACAGCCGUUUUGGCUUUGGUCUUCUCAAUGCCAAAGCCCUGGUGGACCUUGCUGACCCAGCCAGUUGGAAGCAUGUGCCAGAGAAAAAACUGUGUAUUGUCAGAGAUGACUCAUUUCAGCCAAGGGAACUCAAAGCAGCUGGGGAGAUCACUAUAGAGAUUCCAACCAAAGCGUGUGCAGGGCAGGAAAAUGCUGUUCGCUCAUUGGAGCAUGUGCAAGUAGAGGCCAGCAUUGAGUACACUAGGAGAGGGGACCUGCACAUCACCCUCACCUCCCCAGCCGGCACCACUACUGUGCUUCUGGCAGAGCGAGAGAGAGACACAUCAUCUAACGGUUUCAGAAACUGGGCCUUCAUGUCUGUCCACACAUGGGGAGAAGAUCCAGCUGGUACCUGGACCCUAAAGAUUACAGAUACUUCAGGACGUAUGGAGAAUAAGGGAAGGAUCUUAAACUGGAAGCUGAUUCUCCAUGGUACAUCAGAAAAGCCAGAGCACAUGAAGAAACCUCGUAUAUACAUUGCUUACAACGCUGUGCAGAAUGACCGCCGAGGUGUAGAACACAUGGAUGACUUGAUAGAGGAGCCCACUCCGGCCCAGCCACCUCAGAAAACUGAGCCUGCAAAAGCCUCUCUUCCAGAGAAGGAGCCCAGAAAGUCUUCAAACUCCUCUUACUCCCCCUCUCUGGCUCUUUUGCGUCUCCUGCAAACAGCCUUCAACCGCCAGGCCUUGCAGCAGUCCUCGACUGCAGAGAGGUCCUCCCCUGCCUGGAGGAAACACCAGCUGGUCAUUCCUGCGACAAGACUCCCACCGCAAAAGCUGUUUCAGGCUCUGGACCUGAUCAACAAGUACCAGGGCCCAGAGGGCAUCAUCUACAGUGACUACAGUGAUGGCUUCUACAGCAUCAAGCCGUACAGGCACAGGGACGACCGACUGCUGCAGGCCCUGUUCCAGAUGCUUGACGACGAUCGAAAGUGAGAGUCAUGACCUGUGGGGAGAAGAAGAAUCGCGGUGUUUGUUUGGGAGCGGGGGAACAAGGGGGUGGAGGGGAAAUAAAUCAAAACGAUUACUGGAAGAGAAGAAGAGAAGAUAAGAAAUACCCCAAAUGCUGCAUUUCUGAUCUAUUUGCCAAUCACCAUUUGUUAAUUGAUUGUUUCAUAUCUUCAUUUAUCCAUGCAAAGUUACCUAAAGUGAUUCAAUAUAAAGAAGUUAUUUAAAGCCUCUCAGCUGUAAAAAAAUAUCCUUAUGUGUUAAACAUACAAGCAUUUAACUCAAAGUAAAAGGGGUGAUGGUGUUACGGUGGUGGUGCCUCUCAUAUCUCUACUGCUUGCUCAAGCAUGCCACCUUCAGAGUAUAUGUUUUCUUAAAAGUAGCUAUAUCUAUAUAUAUUAUUCAGACAAUGAUUGUAAUAUGGUGUAAGCACCAAUCUAGUGUCCCCAUCUCUUCACAAACAGUAUAACAGGAUGGUUUCUUUUACACCAUGGGGAUAAAGUGAUACAAAACAAGUCUAAAACUUCAACACGGAAUUGAAAAUAUUGAAACUGUUCUCAGGGUGUUAACAAAGCUCAAGAAAGUAACAAUAAUUUUCUGUCCGCUCUCAAGUACCAUGGGAAACACAUUUACUGUGAAAGAUUAUUUAUGCUUAGUAUGCAGAUGUACUAAGAAGCUAUCAAUGACAGUACACUUUUCAAUUCAAACUUCUCUUUUAAAAUAUUUAUUAAAUGAACAUCCAAAUAAGAUAUUCAAGUUCUUGCGCAAUUUGUUUCAUUUUGUAAGAGUAAAAUGCUGCAUUAAAGGAAAUAUUUUUCUAAGGAACCAAGAUAACUUAUGAAAUAUACAACAUCAAACCCUUUCAUCAGAGUAGACUGAACUACAUACAAACACUGCCAAAAACAAAAGUUCAAAACAGCUUCUACAUAUUCGGACUGUCUGUACACACCGACUGGACAAGUGCAUAUAGUGUUUGUUUGGUUUUUGUUCACUUUCUGUCAAAUGCCAGUUACUUUUGUGAAUCCUCUUGAAAUUUUAUGGUUUUCCACAUUUAUUAUGAAUUGAUCUAUCACAUUCAGAGGUUGACUGUGAGCGCUGUAGAAUAGGGACUCUGUUCUGAAACAAUCAAUCAUUCAUGUUGAACGCCUUAAUUUAUUCUGUAAGAAAUGUGUAUACUCUUCUCCGUGUGGUGUAGAUCAGUUUACAGAUGCUAUUACAAGUGUUUAGGACAUGAACUGUGAAGCCUCAAUGCAGAGCCUCUAUUCUUCAGCUGGAAACAUCCUGGCCCACUUCUCUGCCAACAAGAAGACAGAAAAAGAUUACGUUUGGGAGAAGCAUUUGCGUGUUCCCUGUAAUUUAUCCAUACUUUAAAGUAGCCUAUGACGUUUUCUGUGAGUUUUUUUUUUUUUUUACAAAGUCUUCAGUCCCAAGUUGUUUACACAAACCAAAAAUCAUGUUGCGAUUUCUGUAUGGAUGUAUAAAAAAGUAGAAGAUAUAUAUAAAUAAACUGCAAAGGGAGAACCUGAGUUUGCUGGGUCUUUGGCCGUUGACAGUAGCAUCUUCUGGUAAACAAAAGGAAGUGA